UCCCAUAGACUGCCUCUUGCAUCCCUUCACACCCACAAUUGGAUCCAUCAAACCCAUCUUCUUUUUUCUUCUUUUGAUUCCAGUUGAUCUACAUUGUUCAGAUCUCGGCUGGUCUCACUGGUAAAAAAGUGUUCUGUAUCUCUAUCGCUGGGAAAGAGUUCUCUUUGCUGGACUCUUAUUACAGGAGCGAGUGAAGACGAAGAAGAAGAGGGAUGGCUCGCAAGGUCGAGAAGAUGGCCUCCAUUGAUGCGCAGCUGAGGCUCCUGGCUCCUGGCAAGGUCUCUGAGGAUGAUAAGCUUGUGGAGUAUGAUGCUUUGCUCUUGGAUCGGUUCCUUGAUAUUCUUCAAGAUCUCCAUGGCGAGGAUCUUAGAGAGACGGUUCAAGAGUGUUAUGAGCUUUCAGCUCAGUAUGAAGGAGAACAAUCUAAGGAGAAGCUGGAUGAGCUAGGAAGUGUGUUGACCAGUUUAGAUGCUGGUGACUCUAUUGUUGUUGCAAGUUCGUUCUCACACAUGCUUAACUUGGCCAACUUGGCUGAGGAGGUACAGAUCGCCUAUCGGAGGAGAAACAAGCUUAAGAAGGGAGAUUUUGUUGAUGAGAAUUCUGCGACUACUGAAUCAGACAUUGAAGAAACCUUGAAAAGGCUUGUGGUGGAACUGAAGAAGUCCCCAGAGGAGGUUUUUGAUGCUCUUAAGAGCCAAACUGUGGAUCUGGUUUUUACUGCCCAUCCAACCCAAUCAGUCCGUAGAUCACUGCUUCAGAAGCAUGGAAGGAUUAGGAAUUGCUUGGCACAGCUUUAUGCCAAGGACAUUACUCCUGAUGACAAGCAAGAGCUUGAUGAGGCUCUUCAGAGAGAGAUUCAAGCUGCCUUUAGAACUGACGAAAUCCGGAGAACUCCUCCAACACCCCAAGAUGAAAUGCGAGCUGGAAUGAGUUAUUUUCAUGAAACAAUAUGGAAGGGUGUUCCAAAGUUCUUACGUCGAGUUGACACAGCUUUGAAGAACAUUGGAAUAAAUGAGCGUGUGCCUUAUAAUGCUCCCCUUAUUCAGUUCUCUUCUUGGAUGGGUGGUGAUCGUGAUGGAAAUCCUAGAGUGACUCCAGAAGUUACAAGAGAUGUUUGCUUGUUGGCCAGAAUGAUGGCUGCAAACUUGUACUAUUCCCGGAUAGAAGAUCUAAUGUUUGAGUUAUCCAUGUGGCGCUGCAGUGAUGAACUUCAAAUUUGUGCGGAUGAAUUGCAUCGCUCUUCAAAGAAAGCUGCAAAGCACUAUAUAGAGUUCUGGAAACAAAUUCCUCCUAGUGAGCCCUAUAGAGUUAUACUUGGUGAUUUGAGAGAUAAGCUGUAUCAUACACGGGAACGCUCUCGCCAUUUGUUGUCAAAUGGGUUCUCUGACAUUCCUGAGGAAGCAACAUUGGUGAAUGUUGAGCAGUUCCUGGAGCCUCUGGAGCUUUGCUACAGAUCUCUUUGCUCUUGCGGAGAUCGACCUAUUGCUGACGGUAGUCUAUUAGAUUUUCUUAGGCAAGUGUCAACCUUUGGUCUGUCUCUUGUGAGACUUGAUAUAAGGCAAGAAUCUGAUAGACACAUUGAUGUUAUUGAUGCUAUCACCCAACAUCUCGGAAUUGGAUCAUAUCGUGAGUGGCCUGAGGAGCGUCGUCAGGAAUGGCUUUUAUCUGAGCUUAGUGGCAAGCGUCCUUUAUUUGGUCCUGACCUUCCCAAAACUGAGGAAAUUGAAGAUGUUUUAGAUACAUUCCAAGUUCUUGCGGAACUCCCUGCUGACAACUUUGGAGCAUAUAUAAUUUCAAUGGCAACCGCCCCAUCAGAUGUUCUUGCUGUGGAACUUUUGCAGCGUGAAUGCCAUGUGAAGCAACCACUGAGAGUUGUGCCACUGUUUGAGAAACUUGCUGAUCUUGAGGCAGCUCCUGCAGCUGUAGCUCGGCUCUUUUCUAUAGAGUGGUAUAGGAACAGGAUUAAUGGAAAGCAGGAAGUCAUGAUUGGAUAUUCAGAUUCUGGCAAGGAUGCUGGACGCCUUUCUGCAGCUUGGCAAUUGUAUAAAGCUCAAGAGGAGCUUAUAAAGGUUGCAAAGGAGUUUGGAGUGAAGCUGACAAUGUUUCAUGGUCGUGGUGGGACUGUUGGCAGAGGUGGUGGUCCUACUCAUCUUGCUAUUUUAUCUCAACCUCCAGACACAAUUCAUGGUUCACUCCGUGUGACUGUUCAAGGUGAAGUUAUUGAGCAAUCGUUUGGAGAGGAGCAUUUAUGCUUCAGAACACUCCAACGUUUCACAGCUGCCACCCUUGAGCAUGGAAUGCGUCCACCCAUUUCUCCAAAGCCUGAAUGGCGUGCGUUGCUGGAUGAGAUGGCUGUUGUAGCCACAGAAGAGUACAGAUCAAUUGUCUUCCAAGAACCACGUUUCGUUGAAUACUUCCGCCUUGCCACACCUGAGCUGGAAUAUGGAAGGAUGAAUAUCGGUAGCCGUCCAUCCAAACGAAAGCCCAGUGGUGGCAUAGAAUCUCUGCGUGCUAUCCCAUGGAUCUUUGCAUGGACACAGACAAGGUUUCACCUCCCUGUUUGGCUUGGCUUCGGUGCAGCAUUCAAACACGUUUUGGAGAAGGACAUCAGAAAUAUCCACACCCUACAGGAGAUGUACAAUGAGUGGCCAUUCUUCAGGGUUACAAUUGAUUUGGUUGAGAUGGUUUUCGCCAAGGGUGACCCUGGGAUAGCUGCUUUAUAUGACAAGCUGCUUGUGUCUGAAGAUUUAUGGUCAUUUGGCGAGCGACUGAGAAACAACUACGAGGAAACAAAAAGCCUUCUUCUCAAGGUUGCGGGUCACAAAGACCUUCUUGAAGGUGAUCCAUACUUGAAACAGAGGCUCAAGUUGCGUGAUUCUUACAUAACAACGCUAAAUGCUUGCCAAGCUUACACGCUGAAGAGGAUCCGAGACCCUGAUUACCAUGUGACAUUGAGGCCUCAUCUUUCAAGGGAGAUAAUGGAUUCUAGCAAGUCAGCUGCAGAAUUAGUGAAGCUGAAUCCCACAAGUGAGUAUCCCCCAGGUCUGGAAGACACACUCAUUUUGACCAUGAAGGGUAUUGCUGCCGGCAUGCAAAACACUGGUUAAGCUGGCAAUUCAAACUGCGGCAUGUUUCUUGAGUUAUUAUAUUUUAAGAGACCUUGUGUUAUCGUCUCAUCUUAGCACUUGGAUGAAUUUCAUAAGAUGACAGAAAAUUCUGCCUCACCAGCAGUAUUCUUCUGUCUUUUGCUGUAUGCCUGGUUUCCAGACUAUUGAUUAUCAGAGACUUUUGAUGUGGCCUUUUUUAACUUUGAUAUAAAUAAUGAAGAGAAAUCACUUCAAGGGAA